UGAUUAAUGACAGCAGACAGUGUACAUUUUGCACGUCAUUUGUUGUGGCCAUUUUGAUAUUCCUGACUCACCAAAAAAGGUUUUUAAGGUGUAAAAUAGGUUUAGGUUUUUGAUGAAGAGAACACGUUGAAAUAUACGUCUUCAUCUCUGUGCUUCUAAUACUAAUAUACGAAUAUCGGCUUAGAAGGACAACGGACAACCCACGUUUGUAGAGUGAUUAACUUGAAGUAUACAAAGUAUAUGUCCGCCUUUGCCUUAUCGAACUUUUUAUAUCUCUUGUUUUAAGGGACAAGAUGAUUGAGUUAACAGUGAAGACUUUGGAUUCCCAAAACCAUCAAUUCACAGUUGAGGAUGACAUUACAGUACAGCAGUUUAAAGUCAAGAUAGCAGAAACUGUGAACAUUUCUGCUGAGACUCAGCGUAUAAUUUACUGUGGCAGAGUUUUGCAAGACAACUCAAAAUUAGCUGAUUAUGAUGUCAACGGCAAAGUUGUGCAUUUGGUUCAAAGACCUCCACCUGGAACUACUCCAAGAUCAAACAGUCGCUCGACUUCUCCACAACCGCAAAGGAGAGGUUUCAGAGGAUUCAGAAAUUUGGAGCAAGGAAAUGCAAUGUACCUAGGUUCAGUUGCUUUUCCAGGAUCCUUUAUGGAAUCCCAAGGAAUAGAACCACCUCCUCCAACAUCCAGUUUAUCUCGUAGUCGUUUAAAUGUUGCAAGAAGAAUGCUGAGGCGAGCAGAAAAUCUCAUACGGGUGUUAGAACAAAAUCCAUCUGGCAGGUCACAAGAACAAGCUGCAGAAGAAAAUCCAGAAGAGGAGGAAGAAGUUACUCCGGUUAUAGAAGCAAGAGUUAUUGUUCCAAACCCAAACAGUGGUGUCGAACCUAUCGAGGACGUAUUAAGCGCAGUUCAGGACACUUUAUUGAAUGCUGCAAACAAUGGAGGAAAUACUGCUCCCUUUGAACAAAUUGCUGACGACGCUGCAGCAACACCUAGUACCUCAGAAGCAUCAGCAACAGGUACUUCCCCAAGAUCUUCAACUGAGAAUUUGGCUUCUGAUUCCAGACCCGCGCCUAGCAGCCGAUUACCAGAAAACGCCUCCAGAAUUGGAGAUCUCAGCGAACUUCUGACUAUGUUGACACAGAUACAAAUUAGAUUUGCUCCCUUUUUGGAAAGAUAUCAGCAGUUCACUAGGGAUGACCCAGAUGUUACAGGAGAUGACGUAAGAACAACUCAGAACAUGCUGAAUAGGGUUUCAGAAGUGAUGCAUUUACUAGGCCACGCCUAUCAUUCACUCAGUGAUCUAAUUAUAAGAGUAAGGACUCCUCCUGGACUUCCUUCGCGUCCAAGGCCUUUAUUGUGUCGUCCCAUCCUCAUACAACAUUCGGCCGUACUACAAACUGGUAUUCCUAUACAAGUUGAGGCACAGAUUAACUUGACAGCUGAACGCAACUCUUCGUCAAACGCAGACCCUUCAGCACCUCCAGAACCACCGACGUACACUCUUCACGCCACACCUGUCAGCGUACCAAAUGCCAGACCGAUACAAGUUCCACCAGGUAUGGUAGGUAUGCCAUUUAUGGCCAACGCAGGUACGAGAGUCCAAUCAAUUCCCGUUGAAGUUCGAGCUUCAAGAGCUCAACCUAGAUCUCAGAACGGCACACCCGACAGCACCGCAGCAGCACCUACUUUCGAACUCACUUACCUACGUGCUUCCACUGGCAAUGAAACUCCUACCACUACGGCUUCAGAUGCUGGUACCGGUAGUGAUACUGGUGGUACUGGUGCAGAUACCACACCUAACAAUCAAGAAGGCCAACAACAAGGUGCCGGCCACAACUUUAACAAUCCAAACGUGGAGUUCUUCAUGGAAGUGACUCCAGAAGGUAUUACAAUUGAUUCUUUGGAGACAGCGCUUGUUGGUUCUAAUCAGGCAAAUGAUUUACUCAGAGGAGCGUUAAACGGACCCCCUCCAGAAUUGUUGAACUCCCUUAUGCAAAUGGCAGGUCAGAUAAUGAAUCGCAAUAUAGCAACAACCACUACUACAGCAAGUCCCACCCCUGCUACUACAUCUUCAGAAUCAAGUCAAGCUCAGUCUGGAGCUGCACAAGGAGCUACCCCUAACAGAGGGCAGAAUUCUCAACCACGUGGAGGUGCUCAAACAAACCCGACCACUUCAACUCAUACCAGACCCACUUCACGGUCAAACGUUCAUUUGGCCCAACGGGCCAUGCAAGGUAUACGGAGUGGUCGCCAUUUUCGUAGCCGUUCCCACCGAUGUGGUUUUGAUCCGUUCCUUCCAUGUAGUUCCCACCAUAUUACAAGACGUAGAGUGAACAUUGAUCAUCUCCCCCCACCACCAAACUGGCAACCUACUGCUGCAACCAAUGAACCCAAUACAGCAAACAAUGAUGAUGAUGGAGGACCUCCAGAUUUUCAGAGUUUAGUUAACGCAUUUCUUUCUGUAAGGAACAGCGGGUCAAGAAGAAUCGGUCCUCUACAAGCAAAUAAUGAAGCGGGUACCUCUACGAGUACUACAUCGAUUAAUAUGCCAAAUAGCAUCGAUAGCAUAGGAGCCUUUAAUUUACCUCAGAUAUCUUCAAUAUUUUCAUUGACCGACAUGAAUGGCGAUCUAUUACAGGAAUCAACAAAUCCACUACGUCCGGAUUCGACUUUAGAAGAACUCGUUAAUCAAUUUCAAGAUGAACAGUACAUCCCAGGAGAAAACCUUCUUGUUGACUUAAUAAUGCUCUUUGUGAGGAACUUUUCAAUCGUAGAUAUAUUGUCACUAUACGGUGGCAGUGUGGAACCUAUAAACAGACAUGUUCGUGUGCUCAAAGCAUUUUUCCGGACCAGAAUUUGUGAGUCAGAUACUACACCGUCCGGUAUUGAUAGAGGCAUCGAUAGAAUUAUAAGGGAAUUGCAACCAUUCUUAGAAAAUUUCAGAAGCUUGCCAGUUCAAAACAAUAUAGACAUGGUUAGAUCGGCGGAACAGUUAUUCAGACAGAGACUACCAAAUAUAAUUUAUAUUGGAAUUAAUUUAAAUGGCGGCGCCACACGUUUGUUGGUUGAACAGUGCAUAACGACAGCAAAACAACUUCUAGCUUUAACACUUCUCGCCAGUUCAACAGGUCGGAACGGAGUUGAACAAGUCUACGAGCAAGUAAUGUCAUAUUUUAUGAGAGAUGUUCCCCAAUAUGUGCAAAAUUGGACACUUAUGACGAGUCGUGUCCGUUUACGGCAAAUAUUGUCAAAUCUGAACAUACCAGAGAGUCUAUUGCAGCCGUACAUCGUUCACAGACCCAUGACUCCGAUUUUGGAACCUAUGGUAGAAAACGAAACCGAAGUAGAGUCCAUGGAAGUAGACGCUCAAGAGACUAGAACUGAAAAUAAUCCGUCGGCCAUAAUUCCUGAUCCUGAACCCUUGCCGAAUGUAGUAAUAGGAUCUGAACCUUGGCAUAAUCAAGUACCAGAGGAUUGGGUACCAAUAAUUACUAGGGAUGCCCAGAAACAAAGGAGACAGAAUCCUCAAGGACCUUUUAGUGACGCUUAUCUCUCCGGUAUGCCAAGCAAAAGACGGAAAAUUGUCAAUGGUUCCAAACCACAUGGAAAUCUCCCUCACGUUAUUACAGAGAGUGUAAGACAAGCUGUAUCUUCGAGUGGUCUUUCCUCGGCAGCACCUUUGGAUGUAGUAGUUCAAGCAGCAGGCGCAUCGACAGAACUUCAAAAUGCUUACAGAAAUCUACUGCGCUCGACUGUUCAGUCAAAUCUCAAAGAUAAUGAAGACUUCUUACCGGAUAAAUACCCCAACGUUUCAAAUUAUUUUAAUAAUAGUGGAUCACAGUGAUGACUAAAUAUACACAUAUAUUAUUGGUUAUAACUUUUGUUUAUUUAAAAUUAAAUUAAUAGAUAAAUGUA